GACUUCCAAAGGGAUCAACCUGCUUUCAAAAUAGUCCUCCUUGAAAGGCCUUCGUGCAUUGCGCUGGACAACUCGGGAAGCUUCUGUGCAGGAGGGACGACCCAAAGUCGAAUAUAUGUGUGGGAGGUCGUGUCAGGCAUCUUGUACAACUCUUGGGACGCCCACUAUCGCCACGUCAAUGUCGUCAAAUUCACCCCCGACAACUAGGUACAUCAGCCUGUCCCUCAGCCUUGGAAGUUCUGCCAAUGUGGAAGACAUUAUUCCUAUGCCCCCCCCGUCGUGCCGUUACACCACAUGAAAGAUUCAAAGCCAAGGGAUGUACACGAAGUGGCGAUGAUGCUUC